CCUUCCCCUCUGCUUCUCUCUCUCUCUCUCUUCGUCGUGACUUUGCAUCCAUUUCACACACUCAUCUGAACCUUCUGUGAUGAGCCUCAUCUCUCGUUCUCUCUCUUUCUUUCUCUGCCUCUUGGCCUAGAUCGCUGACCUGAAGGGAGAAACGUCCAUGGCGAGUCGAUUCGGAGCCAACCCAGUUCGGGAGGUAGCCAUCUCGACCUCAAACUCAGAAUGAGUCUCAGUUGAUCAUCCAGUUCGAUCCACGCGGACCCAGGUGUUAAACUUUCUUCUCCACCUUUUCCGUUUUGACACUAUAUCUCUCUUUCCACUCGUAAACCCCUAUAUUUUUAUCUACAAAAGUGUUCGCUCAAGACCUAAGAUUUCAGUCACCAUUUUGAUGACCUAAACCUAGUUUAAGGUCCUAAUUCCUGCGUUUCUGCUUGAGUUGUUAGUCUGGGUACAUGGAAUUCGUGUUCAAUUUAGGUGUUUUGAUUUGGGUUUCUUCAAUUUUUUGGCAAAGUCAAGGUUUUUAGGUUUACUCUCUCUUUUUUUUUUUCUUUAAAAAAAUCUAGUUAGAAAUCGUGUGUCGAGUUUAUAGUAUUCUUCAAUUGGAAAAAGCUAAGUUUUUUUUUUUAAAAAUCUGGUCUAGUUGAAUUUGUGAUAAAGCAAGUGUUUCUAAUCUGGGUCUGUUCAAUUUGUGAUGGGCGAGGAGACAUCUGAUACAAUGAAUCUUGACUUGAACCUGGGUCCCAUUCCCGAGCCUCAGCCAGGCUCGGUACCGACUGACCCUGUGAAUUUGGAUGAUUGGAUUGAAGAUCCUUCUGAUAGACUUAGGGAAGCUAUUAGGCUUAGAGCUCGGCAGCGGUGGAGGAGAUGGCGGCAGUUUCAAAUUCCACCAGAAGCUCAGAACAUCUCUUUGGAAUUGAACCAAUUGAUGGUAAAUUCUGGAGAUCAGAGUACAAUUCAGACGGGUGAGGGUAGUUCCCCCGCUGAUGAAAGAAUGAACGAGGUUCCCAAAACAUGCGAAAAUAACAAUGGGAUUAUUGAGGACGAGACAGCGGAGAAAAAUGAUGAUAUCGAAAAGGGUAGUGGCAAUGAUGGGAGUUUUUUCGACUGUAAUAUUUGUUUGGACUUGGCUAGGGACCCUGUUGUGACUUGUUGUGGCCAUUUGUUUUGUUGGCCAUGUCUCUAUCGAUGGUUGCAUGUUCAUUCAGAUGCGAAGGAAUGUCCAGUGUGUAAGGGAGAGGUGACAAUUAAAAGUGUGACCCCAGUUUAUGGUCGUGGGAACAAUAUCCGUGAGCCGGAGGAGGACUCAAGUCUAAAGAUCCCUCCUAGGCCUCAUGCACGGCGGGUUGAAAGUUUUAGGCAAACUCUUCAGAGAACUGCAUUUUUACCCGUGGAGGAGAUGAUCCGUCGCCUUGGAGGUAGGUUUGAUUUGAGCCGGGACUUCGUACAGCCACAGGAGCCUGAUGGUGCACAUGAAACAGUAGACAGAACUUCUCUGUUGAAUCGAAUUUUGACCUCUCGUGCUCGCAGAGAGCAAAAUCUGGUGCCUCCCGAUGAUGUUGUGGAUUUAACACAAAGUGACAUGAGCAGCCCUGAGAUUGGAGAUCAUCGACGGGUGCAGUCCCGUGUGCAGUCCCUUUUACUUCGCCGAUCACAUUCUCAUAGAACAUCACUUCAUUCUCUUUCGUCGGCCUUGAGUUCUGCAGAAAGGUUAGUUGAUGCAUUUUUCCGUAACCAACAUGUUGGUAGAAAUCAAGAGCAGCCCCAACCAGUUGAUGAUAGAGAUUCUUUCUCAAGCAUUGCCGCCGAUAUAAAUUCAGAAAGUCAAAUGGACAAUGCCAUGGAAAUUGAUUCUAUGGUGUCCCUUUCAACUUCAUCUUCUCGGAGAAGAAACGAUGUUUCAAGGGGUUCAGAUGUGGACAGUGGAGAUUCUCGUGCACAUAGAAGAAGACGGCUGAAUUGAAAACGAGUUCUAUCCUUUCGUUCAAAUAUCAUGCUGUCAUAAACACCUGGUAUAUGCAAGUGCUCCUUGCCUUAAUAUUGCUUUAACUCAUCGAUAUAUUCAACUCUAGUACCUUGUUGAACUGUCAUGGAAGUUUUAUAAAACUUUUGCAGCGUUUGCUGCUUUCAAUUUGUAUGGAA